AUGGAGCCCGCGCCGCUCAUCGCGUCGGUUGUGCUCAGUAGCUACAUGCCGGCGGUCCUUGGACUCUAUCUCUGGCACCGCAAGCACCGCUGGAUCCGAAGUCGGCGGCCCGUUGCGAUCGCAAGCAUCGGUGCUGGCGCCUACCUCGGUGCGACGAGUCCACCGCUACUGCGCCUACUGGACCCGCGCGGUGCUUUGUGGUGUCACGCGCUUGUCGUUUGGAUCGCACUGACCACGCUUGCAUGCACAUGGUUUCUACUCGUUGCUUCAAGCCUCGUGGUUCGGUUCAAGCUCGCGGAAGCCCUCUUGCAGCACCGUGAUCCGACGCGGUCAAUCGUGUCGAUCAAGUGGUGUCGUCGCUUCCUCAUGCCGACGCUGCAGAGUUAUUUGUGCCUAGUGGCAACCGCCUUGGCCCUUUUUAGCGUUGGCAGCGUCAUGUCGCCAGAAGCAUCCUGUUGGACGCCAGGCGCGGUGUAUGCCACCGUGCUCGUCAUGUCGGCGCUUGUCGUUGCCAGUCUCUAUGUCGCACGGCACUUGCAGGCCGUCGACGACCUCGACGAACUUCACAAAGUGUACCGGCGCACCAUCUAUAGCGUCGUCGCUGCGUGCAGUGUCUUUGGUCUCGUGAGCCUUUGCGCGGCCAAGCUUCAGUGGUACAUGCUCUCGUCCUACGGCCUCGACAUCAUCCUCGCUCAAGUCGCACCGCACACGUUCUAUGGUUUCCACGUAGUGCCAUCCGUCCACCGGAUUGUGCGCACCGGCAAAACGGUCGACGAUGCCAUGGAGGCGGGGGCCGUACAUGGUGCGCGCGACAUUGCAGCCGAGCUCUACCGCUUCCAUACUUUUUUACAAACGUCCGAAGGCGCCCGGGCCUUUCUUGACUAUUGCCGGCUCGCCUUGCACCUCGAUGCGAUCUUGUCGUGGGAGAUGGCGCGGCGCUUUCCCGUCAGAGUACUGACGCGGAAGCGCGCGUGGAAGAUCUUUGCGACUUGCAUCGACGUGUCGGCGCCGCUGCAGACGCGCGCGAGUGCCAAGUGGCGCCACUAUUACAUCGGGCGCCUCCAACGACCGCGUGCGAGAAACGCAGUCGUCGACACGCUGCCCGACGCGUUUUUCGAACCGCUUGUGCUCGAGCUUGUCACCGACAUGUUCCUCGACCUCCUCCCGGCCUUUGAGCGCCAUCCGCUCGGCGCUGCGUGGCGAGAAUUCCUCUACGAGACGCUCCACAGCUCGCAACGGCCGCUGACCGACCCGCUUGCCUCGUUGCGGCAUUCGCUCGUGUCGCCGACUGCGCUUUCGUCGCGGUCCGACUCGGUCGUCGCUACGUGCAACGAAUAG